UCUCCAGCCAGCGCUGCUCAUUUUCUCUCCGUCGCCAGAUUAUCCCACCCACCCAAUCUAUCUCCACAUAUCAGCACUACAAUGCACCACCACACCUCCCUCCUCGUGGCCCUUGCCAGCCUUCUCCCCUCCGCAUACUCCCAAGCAAAUGGCACCACCGUCAGCGAAGGUUUCGAAAGCGGACUCGACGCAGCCGCAUGGCCCACCUAUGCUGUAGACUGCAGCCAAGGCGGUAAAGUGACGCUCGACUCCUCCACCGCGCACAGUGGCAAGAACUCCGUCCGCGUCGACGGUGCAGGAGGCUACUGCGGACACAUCUUCUUCGGCACGACCAAGAUCCCAACAUCCGGUGAUAUCUACGUGCGCACGUGGCUCAAGCCCUCGAAAGCGCUGACAGACUCCCACGUCUCCUUCAUCACGAUGCCGGACUCUGGACUUGGCGCGAAGAAACAUCUACGUAUCGGCGGCCAAAGCAAGAUUGCGAUGUACAAUUUGGAGACUACCGAUGCUACAUUGCCGGAUCUGAGUCCGAACGGAAUUGCUGCGUCGAAGCCGUUGAAGGCGGGCGCGUGGCAGUGUUUCGAGUACCAUUUGGGCGCGGACGGUACAAUCGAGACAUGGUUAGAUGAUGUGGCUAUCGAAGCAUUAACAGUAAAGUCUGGUGUAAACAAUCCGAAUGCUGGCCAGUGGACGAGGGGAGGGUAUAAGCCCAAGAUCACGAGUGUGAACUUCGGCUGGGAGAGCUAUGGCGGAGAUACGAAUACGGUUUGGUAUGAUGAUAUUGCGAUUGGGUCAUCCAAGAUCGGGUGCACGUAG